AUGAAAGAACAGCACUUAGUAGUAGAAGACAUGUCCAGAUCGACCAAAAAAUCAAGAAUAAAUAAUAAUAUAGUGGAUAUGUCACUGAACCUUGACGAGCUAAACUCUCAAACUGCCAUGGAAGCAUUAGAAACUAGCCAAAGUAGGGUUUCUAGCUCAACCCCACUAGAAAGUAGUACAAUGCCAAAAAUGGAAACAACAACAAACAUGGAAAAAAAAGUAAGAACGAAAGAGGAAAAUUCCUACAAAAAACAAACACUACAGAACCUAAUUAACCAGCCCCUGCAGAGAUGCUCUAGCUUGGACAGAGCCAUUAUGGAACCCAAUGACAUCAUACUUGAGAGCUAA